AUGGCACUUCAGCCACCACUUCCGAGUAGUGAACUCUCGUUCACCUCUCGGCUGAAUUCGGUGGUGGCUAAGAGCCGCCUUGGGAAGCGUUUUAAGCUUGUAGAGCGCGGUACUACUUUUACAACCGAGUUACGUGCCGGUACAGCCACGUUUCUCACCAUGGCCUACAUCCUUGCCGUCAACGCCACCAUCAUAGCCGACUCCGGCGGCACUUGCUCCGUUUCCGAUUGCACCCUUCUAUGCUCUGACCCAAAAAUUCCCCUCACCCAAUGCCCCACCAAUCUUCUCAUCCAACCCGACUCCUCAUGCAAGUACCCGCCCGUCAACCCGGGUUACGCAGCAUGUGUCGAACGAACGCGCCAUGAUCUCAUCGUGGCCACUGUCAUAUCCUCCCUCGUGGGUUCCGCCAUAAUGGGCGUGUUCGCGAACCUUCCAUUGGCUCUCGCUCCAGGUAUGGGUGCCAACGCAUACUUCGCCUACUCCGUGGUCGGGUUUCACGGGUCGGGUUCCAUACCCUACCGAACAGCAUUAACCGCUAUAUUCCUAGAAGGCUUGAUUUUUCUUCUAAUCUCCGCCGUUGGAUUCCGCGCGAAGCUCGCGAAACUCGUUCCGAAACCCGUCCGAGUUUCCUCCUCUGCCGGAAUCGGUCUCUUUCUGGCCUUCAUUGGGCUUCAAAGCAACGAAGGCAUUGGGCUCAUCGGGUUUAGCCCAUCAACACUCAUCACACUCGGAGCCUGCCCGAGAGAUAAACUAACGGCGUUAGCUCCCGUCACAACAAUAAACGGAACCGUCAGUUUAAUCCCUGGCGGCGCCGUCUCCGACAAGAUACUAUGUUCCGGGGCCCGCAUGGAGAGCCCCACCCUAUGGCUAGGUCUGGUCGGGUUCAUGAUCAUAGCGUAUUGUCUGAUGAAAAACAUAAAGGGCGCUAUGAUAUACGGCAUCGUCUUCGUAACCGUGAUCUCGUGGUUCAGGAACACGCCUGUUACGGUGUUCCCAAACACGGAGUUGGGCGACGCGGGGUAUAAGUACUUCAAAAAGGUUGUUGACGUGCACGUGAUUAAAUCCACGGCGGGGGCGCUGAGUUUUGAUCACAUGCGGAAAGGUGCAUUUUGGGAGGCACUCUUCACGUUUCUGUACGUUGAUAUAUUGGACACGACCGGGACUUUAUAUUCGAUGGCUAGAUUCGCCGGGUUUCUCGACAUGAACGGUGAUUUCGAGGGUCAAUAUUUCGCGUUCAUGUCUGACGCGUCGUCGAUCGUGGUGGGGUCGUUGCUGGGCACGUCGCCAGUGACGGCGUUUAUCGAGUCAUCAACGGGGAUACGCGAGGGGGGACGGACGGGGCUUACGGCGUUAACGGUGGCGGGAUAUUUCUUCUUGGCGUUUUUCUUCACGCCGUUGCUGGCGUCAAUUCCGCCGUGGGCGGUAGGGCCGCCGUUGAUCUUGGUGGGGGUGAUGAUGGUACGAUGCGUGGUGGAGAUUGACUGGGAGAAGAUGAAGGAAGCGAUACCGGCGUUUGUGACGAUUUUGUUGAUGCCGUUAACGUACUCCAUAGCUUAUGGUUUGAUAGGGGGCAUUGGAACGUACCUUGUGUUGCAUGCGUCGGAGUGGGGAGAGGAGUUGGUGAGGAAAUUUAUGAGGAAGGAGAAGAACUUGAAGGAGGUCUCAUCCAUUGUUCAUGAUCAUCAUCAACCAGGAGAUCAUAAACCUAUUGAAGUGUAG